CAUCAUAAAGCCCUCCCAUCCCAUCAUCUUCUUUGCUUUUCGUACACACUGUGCCUCUCCAGGCAAGGCAGGCGGCGUUUGUUGUUUGGUAUGCGAGAAAAUCCCAGAUUUUCUAAGAAAGCUCAUUUCUUGCCGUUAAUCGACGGCAAUCCAAUAUAAAAAAGAAAAUAGUUGAUUUGAAUUUCGAUUGCGGCGAGGAUCGAUUUUUCUUUGUUCAAAUUUAGUUACGGAUUUUCCGAUAAGGUUUUUGGAAAAUUGAGGUUUUGUUAGAUUUGAAGCUGUGGUUUAAUUUGUCGAUAUCUCAAUGGGUCGAAAGAAGCCAACGGCUCGGGACGACGAGAACCAAACCGCAACAGCAGGUGUAAAAUCGAAGAAGAAAUCACUGGUUAUCGAUGACGAUGAGUACUCCAUUGGUACGGAGCUCUCUGAGGAGCCCCAAGCUGUUGAAGAAGAGAAGGUUGUAGUUACGGGGAAGAAGAAAGGCAAAAAGGGUAGCUCCAUAGCUUCACAACACGAAGAAGAAGAAGAAGAAGAUGUGGAAAAGUCUUUGGAGGAAGAUGAUGUUCCGGAGGUUGUGUUCACAGGAAAGAAGAAGGGGAAGUCGAAGAAGGGUGGUGGAAACAGCAGCGUUUUCAGUGCUUCGAGUUUUGGAUUGCUUCAAGAUGAGGAUGUAAAGGAUGAUGAGGAUGAGGAUAAAUCCGGGGUUCAAAGCGAUGAAGAGGAGGACACUCCAGUGGUGAGUUUUCAGGGGAAGAAGAAGCCUUCCAAGUCGUCGAAGAAGAAAACUGGUGGUAGUUUGUUUUCCGCUUCAGCUUUUGAUGCUAUUGAUGGUGAUGAUGAUGACGGAGAGGUGGUUGAUAAUUCUAAUAAAGAAGCUGUGGAUGAUAAUGAUGAUGAAGCCCCGGUCAUUGAGUUUACAGGGAAGAAGAAGUCGUCUAAGGGAGGCAAGAAAAGUGGGAGUUCGUUUGCUGCUGCGAGUUUAGAUGUUCUAGAUGAUGAAUUUGAGGUUAAGGAUGAAGAACAAGAUGUUGCUCCGAUUGCUUUCUCUGGUAAGAAAAAGAAGUCAUCAAAGGCUUCGAAAAAGAGUGGUGGUGGUAAUUCAUUUAACUCGGUAUUGCUUGAUGAGGGAAAUGAGGAGGAAGAUGCUUCUGUAUCCGAAGUGUCUCGAGUUGGUGACGAUGAUACUGUGGAGCAUGAAGAGUCCUCAGUGAUUUCGUUUUCGGGUAAGAAAAAAUCUUCCAAAAAGAAAAGUAAUAAAUUGAGUGAAGAAGCUGCAGUGGUUGAGAGUGAAGCUGCAGAUGCAAUGGAACCUGAUGAAUCUAAAACCAUUAACAAAAAUGUAGAGGUUGCAGCAGAAACUUCAAAAAACAAGAAGAAGAAGAAAAAGAGUGGAAGAACUGCUCAAGAAGAAGAUGAUCUGGAUAAGAUUCUGGCUGAGCUUGGUGAGCGUUCUGCAGUAGCAAAGCCUGCUGAACCUGCUCCUCUUCCUAUCCAAGAGGAGAAAGUUCAGGCUCAGGUUCAAUCUGAAACAGCUGCCCCGGUUGCCCCAGUUGAUGGUUUGGGUGAAAAAGAUGGUGAAGAAGAGACUGUAGAGUCUGCUGCUGCAAAGAAGAAAAAAAAGAAAAAGGAGAAGGAGAAGGAAAAGAAGGCAGCUGCAGCUGCAGCAGCUGUUUCAGUGGAUGUAAAAGAUGAAACCAAAACUGAAAUAGCUGAACCCAAGAAGAAUGAAGGGAAGGGGAAAGCUGCUGACAAGAAAUUGCCAAAGCAUGUGAGGGAGAUGCAAGAGGCUCUUGCUAGGCGAAAAGAAGCAGAAGAGAGGAAGAAAAAGGAAGAAGAGGAGAGGUUGAGAAAGGAAGAAGAGGAAAGGCGGAGGCAGGAAGAACUUGAGAGGCAAGCAGAAGAGGCUAGGCGUCGGAAAAAGGAAAGGGAAAAGGAGAAGCUGCAAAAGAAAAAACAGGAGGGAAAGCUUCUAACUGCCAAGCAGAAGGAAGAAGCCCGUAGGCUGGAGGCAAUGAGAAAUCAAAUACUUGCUAAUGCAGGAGGUUUGCCAUUCCCUGCUGCUGAUGCAAGUGCACCGGAUAAGCCAGUUAAACGACCCAUGUACCAGAAGAAGAAGGCAAAACCAACUGUCAAUCUAGAAAAUGGUGCAGCUCCUGCUAAGGAAGUAGAAAAUAUUGAUGAAAAGGAAAGCCAACAAGAGAGUGUGCCCGAGUUGGAUUCUGUAGAAUCAGUGAAGACUGAAGAGACAGAGUCCGUGGAUAUGGAGGAUAAAUUGGAGGUUUCUGAAGUUGCUAAAGACAAUGGAAUAGAAGAAGACGAUGAUGAGGAUGAAUGGGAUGCAAAGAGUUGGGACGAUGCUGUUGUGAAUCUCUCUGUUAGGAGUGCAUUUGCUGAUGAAGAGGUUGACUCUGAGCCUGAACCUGUUGCCAAAAAAGACAUAAAGAGUGCAGUAUCAACUCCUCGGAAUGCAGCCCCACCUGUGGUUGCCAAGCCUGUGGGUGAUGCCAAGAAAGUUCUUCCUUCUCAGCCAAUAAAAUCUAAGGAUGUUGAAAAUAAGAAAAAGCAUACUGAGGUUGAAAUUUUAGACAAAAGUAAGAAAAAAGAUGCUUCAGUGAAAAAAGAAGAUGCUACUCCCAAGCAGAGUGAUGAUAACCUUCGAUCUCCUAUAUGUUGCAUUAUGGGCCAUGUGGAUACUGGUAAAACAAAGCUUUUGGACUGUAUCCGAGGCACUAAUGUUCAGGAAGGUGAGGCUGGGGGUAUUACUCAACAGAUUGGUGCGACUUAUUUUCCUGCUGAAAAUAUACGUGAAAGAACUAAGGAGUUGAAAGCUGAUGCCAAAUUGAAGGUCCCAGGUUUAUUGGUUAUUGAUACACCUGGGCACGAGUCAUUCACCAACUUGCGAUCACGGGGUUCAGGCUUAUGUGAUAUUGCGAUUUUGGUUGUUGAUAUUAUGCAUGGCUUAGAGCCCCAAACGAUUGAAUCACUCAAUCUUUUGAAGAUGAGGAAUACAGAAUUCAUUAUUGCACUUAAUAAGGUGGACAGACUCUAUGGCUGGAAAGCCACACGCAAUGCACCUAUUCUUAAGACAAUGAAGCAACAAACUAGGGAUGUUCAAAAUGAGUUUAAUAUGAGGCUCACUCAGAUCAUCACUCAGUUCAAAGAACAGGGCUUAAAUACAGAGCUAUACUAUAAAAAUAGAGAAAUGGGGGAGACAUACAGUAUUGUACCUACAAGUGCCAUUAGUGGUGAAGGGGUUCCAGAUUUGUUGUUGCUCUUGGUUCAAUGGUCUCAAAAAACUAUGGUCGAGAAGCUUACAUACAGUAAUGAAGUGCAGUGUACUGUGUUGGAGGUCAAAGUUGUUGAGGGGCAUGGGACAACCAUUGAUGUUGUUUUGGUUAAUGGCGUGCUUCAUGAGGGAGAUCAAAUAGUUGUUUGUGGCAUGCAGGGACCAAUUGUUACUACAAUCCGUGCCUUAUUGACGCCCCAUCCAAUGAAAGAACUCCGAGUUAAGGGAACGUAUCUGCACCACAAACAAAUUAAGGCUGCACAGGGUAUCAAGAUCACAGCACAGGGCCUUGAACAUGCUAUUGCUGGCACUGGUCUAUAUGUGGUAGGGCCCCAGGAUGACUUGGAAGAUGUUAAGGAACUAGCUAUGGAAGAUAUGAAAUCUGUUAUGAGCAGGAUUGACAAGAGUGGUGAGGGAGUUUGUGUUCAAGCUUCUACUCUUGGUUCUUUGGAAGCAUUGCUGGAGUUUCUAAAAACGCCUGAAGUAAAUAUUCCAGUAAGCGGCAUAAGUAUAGGCCCUGUACAUAAGAAGGAUGUCAUGAAGGCCAAUGUAAUGCUAGAAAAGAAAAAGGAGUAUGCCACAAUUUUGGCAUUUGAUGUCAAAGUGACACCAGAGGCCCGGGAACUUGCAGAUGAAUUGGGUGUAAAGAUUUUUAUUGCGGAUAUCAUUUAUCACUUAUUUGAUCAAUUCAAGGCUUAUAUUGACAAUCUCAAGGAGCAAAAGAAGAAGGAAGCAGCUGAUGAAGCUGUCUUCCCAUGUGUCCUUAAGAUUUUACCUAACUGCAUUUUCAACAAGAAGGAUCCAAUUGUCUUGGGUGUUGAUGUCCUAGAAGGCAUUGCCAAGGUUGGAACUCCAAUUUGUAUUCCUCAAAGGGAUUUUAUUGAUAUUGGACGCAUAGCCUCGAUUGAAAACAAUCAUAAGCCUGUUGAUACUGCCAAGAAAGGGCAGAAGGUCGCAAUUAAGAUAGUUGGCAGCAGUCCUGAUGAGCAACAAAAAAUGUUUGGUAGGCAUUUUGAGCUCGAGGAUGAACUUGUCAGCCGCAUUUCAAGGAAUUCAAUUGAUGUGCUAAAAGCUAAUUAUCGAGAUGAUCUGUCAAUUGAGGAGUGGAAGCUGCUGGUGAAAUUGAAGUCUCUUUUCAAGAUACCAUGAUUUAGAGUUGAUGAAACACCAGAGCAUAUUGGGAGUAUCACUGAGUUGUGUGGUUCUACAAAAGGUGCAAAAUGGCGAACCCAAUUUCUGUCCUGAGGUUUCCAUUUCUUCAACCACAGCAACUGAUUCGGGCACCAGAGUUGGGUGCCCUUGUAUGUAGUGAGGGAGUUGAAGUUCCAGUUUCUGUUGCAAUGAGAAAAGCUCAUCUUUCCUGCGGAGGAUAAAACUGCUCGGAUUUUCAACUUCGUGUUUUGUUUUUUUUUUUUUUUUUGGGUUAAUUUUUGUGAUAUACAAGGUCAUGGUGGCAGGCAACCUGCAAGAUGGAAGUGGUGGUAGUUAUCAUGGCAGUUUAUUCUGGAAAGAAGUUACUUUUUCUCCUUAUACAGAUUGAAUUAGAAUUUUUCGCCACAUGAAAUUUUUAUAGAUGUUUGUUUGGUCCCGGUAAAUUUUUAUGUAUCAAUUUUGGAGAACUGCCUUAGUAUAACCAUUUCCCUUACUGCUGCCCCUCGUAGUGUUUGGUUUUUUCUUGUAAUGGAAGCACGCGCUCUUGCAUUGCUUCUUUUCAUAACUCAAAAGUUGCAUGCAUUAAGAAUUUUGGAAUGAGAUUUCAGAUGGUGGGGAAUCAUUAUUAGUACCAUGGAUUAA